UAUACAGGUUUUAGUUUGCCUUUGCUACUUGAGUGUGAAAGUUGGUUUGUGUCGCGUGAAGUGGCUGUAUGAAACUCGCGCAAUAACUUAUUUAUCACUUACUUUAAAGUGUAUGAGUGGUGAUAAUAAAAGUGUAGUGUGUUUAGUUUGUGUUUAUUUUUUGGAACUGUUGGCGUCUGGAAAUUAACUUCUAGAACUUAUCAGAUUAAUCGUAUUUACCUGAAAAGUGUUUCAAAGGCAGUCUUCUCAUCGCAUGUAUGAGAUGAUUGGGUGAAAGAGUCAAAUCCACGUGUUAGUAUACAAGAUGGGCAGCACGCGAGGCUGGUGGUCGCGGCGGCGGCACUGCAGGUGAACUGCCCGUAGCAUGACGCGGACAUGGCUGCACGUGGUGGUCGCCGCGCUGCUGCUGGCGGCCGCCCGUGCCUACCUCAUCCUCGUCUCGGACUCCGCACCACCUGGAUACACAGUCCUAGACGCCGCUGUCUAUAAGCUCGGCUCCGAACGUACCUACAGCAUCGACGUCCACAGAACUGCCAACUUCGUGCACCAUAUACUCAAAGUUAAUAAGACAAGUGGUCUGGUCACAUUACGAAAACGGCUAAGAUGCGAUGGCGUACUGUAUCCCAACCUCUUCACUUUCUACGUAGACUCCACUUCAGAACGCGUCCGCGACAUUGACUAUUACAGCCUGCCGAUCAGAAUUCUGGUUACAGGGGAAGACUGUAGCAGACGGCACGCGGCUCUGUAUGAUAUCGAUUUCGAUAGAGUCUACGACCAAAGUGAUUCCGCUUUACAAUAUGAUGAAGUUAUCGUUAGGGACAAAAGAGAGGUAAUGUACUACCAGGAGAGUAUAGACUGGAGGUUGCUUGAAGGCGAUGAGUUGGUCACUAGUCAAUAUAAUGUGUUAUCUACGGCUUAUCCGUGGUCCAAUGCCAUGUUUGAAGAUUAUGUAGCAAGAAAUAGAAGUAGGAAGAAAAGAUCCUAUAACUCGGUGCCGUUUGAUAUGUCAAUUGAUGUCAAAAUAGCUGAAGCGAAGCAAUGGAUAUCAGAGACAUAUGCAAGUUUUGCGAUACCAACAACUGACAGGUGGCAGGGGAUAUGUCUUAAAAAAUCCCAAUAUGUGAAUUCAUUAACAGCAUUCCUGCCGCGCACGGUUCAGAAAAUGUGUAAAGUGCAGUUCUUGGACGUGAGUGAUCCACGUUUCAUGAUAGAGAGCAGCCAGGGAGACCUAGUGGCGAGUGACGACAUGUGCAUCAUGGAGCCAAUGUGGAAAGUGUCAGUGCUGUUCACGUUCAACUGUGACCGGACUAAUAUCGUGGACUCGGACCACAGGCUAAAAAUAGUGUACCAUCAUCAGGAACUGAAUGACACCGAUAUUGCUAGAAGAGUUAAGAGGGAACUACGAAACCAAUCGCCGUUCUUCGAACAGGCGCUGUAUGUUGCUUCGGUUGCAGAGGAACAGCCUCCAGGAGUUAUAGUGACUACGGUUAGAGCUCGGGACCCAGAAAACAGUCCAGUUACAUACUCAAUGUCGAGUCUGCUGGACUCGCGGUCGGCGGGCAUGUUCGCGGUGGACACGCGGACCGGGGUGGUGACCACACAAGCUCGGCUCGACCGGGAGCGGCUCGACGUUCACUACUUCAGGGUUGUCGCGCAAGAUGACACCUUCCCGCCGAGGAGCGGGACUACUACUUUACAGAUUAACGUACUGGAUUGUAACGACCACUCGCCGGUCUUCGAGAUGCAACAAUACGAGGCUUCGGUGAGGGAAGGCGCCAGCCCCGGCACCACUGUACUCACUCUGAAAGCUACAGACCAAGAUAUAGGGAAGAAUGCUGAGGUUGAAUACUCAAUAGAAUCGGUGUCUGCGGACAGCCUAACGCCGGAGGAAUCGAACGGCGCGGAUUCCAACCAAUCAGACACGCAGGACGUGUUCAGAAUAGACGGCAGGAGCGGCGCUCUACUCACCAGGUCCACGCUGGAUAGGGAGAAAGUGUCGCGGUAUACUGUUAUAGUUAAAGCUACUGAUCAGGCCAGCCCCGUCUCUGAUAGGCUGUCCAGCACGGCUACAGUCCACGUGAACAUUCAGGACGACAAUGACAACUACCCGCAAUUCAGUGAGAAAACCUACACAGUGACCGUGGAUGAAGACAUCAGCGUCACUGACAACCCUGUCGUAGCACGAAUCAAGGCGACAGACGCGGAUGUAGGUGCAAACGCAGCGAUACGAUACGCCAUCAUCGGCGGCAACACACAGAUGCAGUUCUCAAUAGACAGCCUAAGCGGCGACGUGUCCCUCGUCAAGCCGCUCGACUACGAACAAGUGAGGAGCUACAGGCUCGUCAUUAGAGCUCAAGACGGCGGCAGUCCAUCCCGGUCGAACACCACACAGCUCCUGGUUAACGUGAAAGACAUAAACGACAACGCGCCACGCUUCUACACUUCACUGUUCCAAGAGUCAGUCAGCGAGAAUGUACCCGUCGGCUAUAGUAUUGUUAGGGUGCAAGCCUACGACGCUGACGAGGGCGUAAACGCAGAACUAACCUACACUCUAUCGGACAAAGAAUAUUCUGGAAUCAGCGAAUUACCAAUUUCAAUAGACCCUCGCUCGGGCUGGGUUUAUACUUCAGGACAGCUGGACAGAGAGUCUCAAGCAAAAUAUCAGCUUUUGGUAACAGCAACCGACGCGGGCACACCUCCUAAAUCUGCGACAGCGUCUGUGGUAGUAGUCGUUCAGGAUGUUAAUGACAACGACCCAGUGUUCUCUCCUGCGCAGUAUGAAGUGGAACUGGCUGAAGACGAACCUCCUGGUACUCCUGUGGUCACUCUUACCGCUACUGACGCUGAUGAGGAUAAUAGAUUACAUUACGAGAUAACGGGCGGCAACACGCGCGGUCGAUUCUCCAUCACAUCUCAGAACGGUCGCGGCCUCAUCACCGUCGCUCAGCCGCUCGACUUCAAGCAGGAGAGGCGAUACGUCCUCACCGUGACCGCCACUGAUUCUGGAGGGAGAUCGGAUACCGCCAUGGUCCAUAUUAAUAUCACUGAUGCUAAUAACUACGCGCCUGUGUUUGAAAAUGCGCCGUAUACUGCCUCGGUUUUCGAAGACGCGCCCAUCGGCACGACGGUGCUGGUGGUGUCGGCCACCGACAGCGACGUGGGCGUCAACGCGCAGAUCACAUACAGCCUCAGCUCGGAGAUCUCCUCCGAGGCCGUCGCCCACCACGACCAGCAGUUCCUCAUCAACCCCCACACCGGCGCCAUUACCACCAACAAGCUGCUCGACAGGGAGACCAUGAGCGGAUACCUGCUGACGGUGACGGCGCGUGACGGCGGCGUGCCCUCGCUGUCCGACACCACCGACGUGGAGAUCUCCGUCGUGGACGUCAACGACAACCAGCCGGUCUUCAAACAGCAGCUCUACACCGCCACUAUCAUGGAGGAUGCCUUAGUCGGAACAUCGGUGACACAAGUGAGCGCGACGGACGCUGACGUGGGCCUCAACGGGCGAGUCCACUACGAGCUGGACCCUAAGGAUAGGGAGGAGGGCUCGUUCGUGGUGGACCCUGCGUCUGGAGUCAUCAGGACCAACAAGGCUUUGGAUCGGGAGUCUGUAGCUACGUACGAUCUAAAGGCUGUCGCAAUCGAUGGAGGGACGCCGCCGCAGAGUUCUACUGUGAUAGUGCACAUAAAAGUGGAGGACAUCAACGACUCACCGCCGGUGUUCGCGAGCGACUGCCUCACGUUCUACGUCGCAGAGAACAGUCCCGUCGGCACCACGCUGGGCGCCGUCAGGGCCCUCGACCCCGACGAGGGACCCAACGCGCUCGUACACUACUCCAUCAAAGGUGGCGACGACUCCAACAGCUUCUCACUAGAGACUCGUCAAGGGUCCGACAAGGCGGAACUAGUCACAAUGGUUGAUUUGGACUACGAGAGCCCUCGCAAGAAGUACGAGCUGAUCAUCCGCGCCGCCAGCCCGCCGCUCUGGAACGACGUGAGGGUCGAGAUACUCGUCACCGACGUGAACGACAAUGCGCCGGUCAUGAAGGACUUCCAGAUCAUCUUCAAUAAUUACAAGGACUGCUUCCCGGUUGGACCGUUUGGUCGCGUCCCGGCGUAUGAUGCUGAUGUUACUGAUAAGUUACAAUAUCGGAUAUUAUCUGGAAACAACGCAAACCUCGUGUUACUGAACGAAACCACAGGAUCCAUGACAUUAUCGCCACAGCUCAACACAAACGUGCCCAAACUGGCCACUAUGGAAAUAUCCGUCACCGAUGGCGUUAACGAAGUGAAGGCGAUGAUGCAGUUGUCCGUCCGCUUGAUCACCGAAGAGAUGCUGUUCAACUCGAUUACUGUGCGCUUGAACGAUAUGACGGCGGAGCAGUUCCUGUCGCCGCUACUGGGAUUCUUUAUCGACGGACUGGCGGCAAUCAUACCCUGCCCUAAGGAGAAUAUCUAUGUGUUUAGUGUGCAGGGCGACACGGACGUGACCGGCAACAUCCUGAACGUGUCGUUCUCAGCGAAGCGUCCGGAAGCGGAAGUGGGCGUGGCGGGCGAUCCGUCGCCGUUCUACUCGCCGACGCACCUGCGCGAGCGCGUGUACCUGCACCGCGCCACCCUCGCGCGCCUCGCCACUGUACAGGUGCUGCCAUUCGACGACAACGUGUGCGUGCACGAGCCGUGCCUUAAUUACGAAGAGUGCCUCACUGUGUUGAAGUUUGGCAACGCGUCCGGGUUCAUCAACAGCGACUCGGUGCUGUUCAGGCCCAUCUACCCUGUCACUACGUUCACUUGUCAAUGUCCGCAGGGGUUUACUGGGUCCCGAGAGCAUUACAUGUGCGACACGGAGGUGGACCUGUGUUACUCGUCGCCGUGCCUUAACAAUGGCACGUGCGUGCGGCGCGAGGGCGGCUACACAUGCGUCUGCGCACCCGGGUUCACUGGCGAGAACUGCGAGACGGUCCUAACGAAAGCGACGUGCGACAUGAGCGGCGACGGGUCGGUGUGCCGCAGCGGCUCGCAGUGCGUGGCGCGGCGCGAGGGCGGCAUCCUGUGCCAGGGCUGCGCCAUCGACGCCGCGCACACCACCGACCUCUGCGAGCUGCGCGCCCGCAGCUUCCCCGCCGCCUCCUUCCUCACCUUCCCGGGGCUGAAGCGGCGCCAUCGACUGCACUUGAAGCUCAAAUUCGCAACGCAAACAACAUCAGGGCUGCUACUGUACAACGGUCGGUACAACGAGCGGCACGACUUCCUCGCACUUGAGUUAGUGAGCGCGGGCGCGGGGAAGGGCGGCGCCGGACUCAAGUUCAGCUUCUCUCUCGGCGCCGCGCGGACGGAGCUCACGGUGGAGGGGGACGUGGGGGACGGCAUGUGGCACACCAUCGAAGUGCAGUAUUUUAAUCGGACUGUGACAAUGGUGCUAGACGACUGCGAUAAGGCGCUGUCACUAGCAGGCGCCGCUGAAUUUGGACUCAAGUACGCAUGCGCCAACUUCACUAAAAAGGUUCUCCCUCCACGCUGCGACAGCCCUACAGAAACUUGUCACAGGUUUUUGGAUUUGACGGGACCACUGCAGAUAGGCGGCCUGCCCAACAUACCGAGCAGCUUCCAGGUCAAGAACAAAGACUUCAUUGGCUGCAUCUCAGACCUUUAUAUUGACAGGAAAUUCAUUGAUCUUAAUAGUUUCGUGGCAGACAACGGCACGUUGGCGGGGUGUCCGGAGAAGCGCUCGCAGUGUGCGUCCGCGCCGUGCUACAACAACGCGCAGUGCCGCGACCUGUGGGACACCUACCUGUGCGACUGCGCCGACGGGUACACCGGCAAGGACUGCGCCGACUCGACGGGCGCGCCGUGGCGGUUCAGCGGCGACGGCAUGUUGUCGUUCAACCCGCUGCUGCGCCCCAUCCAGCUGCCCUGGCUCAACGCGCUCACGCUGCGCACGCGCCAGCGCGACGCCUUCCUCAUGUCCGUGCAAGUGGGGCAGAACAGCUCCGUGCUCAUCACUCUAAAAUCCGGUCUCCUCCACUACUCAUACAACGGGGAGACAAUGUUUCUGCCCACAACAACACUAGCCGACGGGAACUGGCACAGAGUUGAGAUCAAAUGGCUCGGCACCGACAUAUCCGUGAGCAUAGAUUAUGGGCUGCGGACUGCGUUAUUACCGAUGCUAGCCAAUAAGAUACAAGGGCAGUACAUCGGCAAGAUUCUGAUUGGCGGUCCUGACAGUACGGCGGGUUUGCUGGCUUCGGAGGUUGGGUACUUCGAAGGGUGUAUACAGGACGUGCGCGUGGGCACCGCCCAGUCGUUGCUCAACAGACCCACGGUGCGGGAGAACGUGCGAGACGGAUGUCAGUCGCGCGCCGACUGUAUGCUUUCUAUCUGUCCACCUUAUAGUUCGUGCUCGUCGUCGUGGGACUUGACGUCGUGCGCGUGCGAGCGCGGGCGCGUCGGGCCGCAGUGCGCGCGCGCCUGCGACCUGCAGCCCUGCGGCGCGCACGCGCACUGCAGCGACGACCAGUCCCCCCAGGGGUACCACUGCACCUGCCACGACGGCUAUAUACUUACAGAGGAAGGUUGCGUGUGGUGGGAGGCGGGCGAGUGUCCGGGCGGGUGGUGGGGCACAGGCGCGUGCGGGCCGUGCGCAUGCGCCGCGCAGGGUCUGCACCCGCACUGCCACCGCACCACCGGCGUCUGCCACUGCAAGGAGAACCACUACAGACCCGAGGGAUCAGAAGACUGUCUCCCCUGUCAGUGCUACGCAGCUGGAUCUGUGAAUAGUUCGUGCGAGUCGGUGACGGGACAGUGCUACUGCAGGGACGGGGUCAUCGGCCGCGCCUGCGACUCCUGCGCAAACCUGUACGCAGAGGUCGCGCCGAAUAUUGGAUGCGAAGUUGUGUACGACGGCUGCCCUCGCUCCUUCUCUCAUGGCGUGUGGUGGCCUCGAACCAAGUUUGGUAUUCAAGCUAUCACGGACUGUCCUGCAGGUACAAGCGGGAAGGCGACUAGAAUGUGCGAUGAGACGCAAGUGGUACCGUGGCAGGAGCCUGACAUGUUCAACUGCACAACAUCUACCUUCUAUCAACUCAAGAAACAGCUACAAAAGAUCGAAUCGGGCGAGUUAACGAUGAACACGUUCGUGGGCGUGCGCCUGGCCGCCGAGCUGAGCGGCGCGUGCGCACACACGCGCGCGCUGUUCGGCGCCGACGUGGCGGUGGCGCGCGGCAUCCUGCGCGAGCUGCUGCGCCACGAGCUGCGCCAGGCCGGCCUCAACCUCACGCACAGCCAGGACAAGGACUACGUCAGGAACCUGAUGAAAUCGGCGAACACAAUAUUAGACAUUAAAUAUGAGAAAGAAUGGAAGAGAAUACGAGAGUUGACUGGUAACGGAGUGGAGCUACUUCUGCAGGAGUUUGACAAGUACAUCGGAGUGUUGGCGGAAAGCCAGCAUGAUACUUAUACUAGUCCAUUUGAAAUUGUUACCAGCAAUAUCGUAAUUGGUGUGGACAUAGUGACAGCAGAGUCCAUAUAUGGUUUCGAGCCUACACAACUGAAUAGAUACAAUGUUGAAUCAUACACUACUGAGAAAGUGAUUCUACCAGACACGUCAGCAUUCAUACACUCUCCCAUACAAGCACCCGUCUACUAUGGGACUGGGAAAGUGAAUAAGAACAAGAAACUCUCUAGUCCCACUGUAUCGUUUCCAAAGUAUAACAACUACGUGAAGAGUAAAAAUAAGUUCGAUAAGUUUACGCGAGUGUUGCUGCCGUUGGAUUUGCUUGGAAUUACGAAUAAUAACUUACAAGAUAACCUCGACACGAACUACGAGUCGCGAGCAGUAUUAUCGUACAUGCAAUACUCUCGCAACUCGUCACAACUGAUGCCGCUGUACAUGGACGAGUCAGUGAGUCGUCGUUGGGGCGUCAAUAUAACCGUUGGCUCGCCUAUACUGCAAGUAGCGCUGUAUGUACCAGAGUAUGUGUGGAUGAAGGAGUCGAGGGAGGAAGAGGUCUUUGAAAUGAACCCAGAAGAUGGGGAAGGCAUCGUGUACGCAAACAGAGGCCACCAUCACAACAGCAAUCACAUAAACAUCAGCCCUUCAAAACAAUGGCCUCACUCUGACGACGAAACAUCAAACGACCACGGGCCCAUUGUAAUACAACCAUCCUUCAAGAAACAAGACAAAUCCCUCUACCCAGGAGAAAUAGUUCAAGAAAACGACUCCUCAUACGUCGCGGAGAAGUUAGAACAAGACGGACCUAAAGUGCUAGCGUUGGUAAUGGAUCCAGAGAAGAAGGAAGGGAAUGUAUCGAAUACAGGGAAGAUAAAGUUGAUGUACAAGAGCCUGAGUGGGAUAAGACUGAAGAAGCCGAUUAGAUUGCAAAUGUGGUUGGAUAUUAACAAGGAGACGUUUGGAUCGAGGACGAACCCGCAGUGCGUGCAUUGGUCUACUUUGAGAGGUCCAGGCGAGUGGUCGCGCGUGGGUUGCCACACAGAAAUCGAUUACGACUGGUCUCCGUACUCCAAUGAGCCGCUGUUGAUCAACUGUACUUGCAACCAUCUCUCUACCUUCGCUGUUUUAGUCGACGAGGUCGACAUCGAGUUCAUUCCUGAACCAUCGUUAUUAGAAUCGGUGACCUCAUAUACAGCGUUUAGUAUCUCUCUCCCGCUUUUGCUGACGACGUGGGCCGCUCUCUGUCUCAUGCGCGGCGGCGCCGCCACGGUAUCCAAUACAAUACACAAACACUUAAUCUUCUGCGUGUUCAUGGCUGAAUUAUUGUACUUGAUCGCGUUGAAAGCGAGGACUUCGCUGGUGCAAAAUGAGUUCGCGUGCAAGGUGAUGGCGAUGGGGCUGCACUACUGGUGGGUGUGCGGCGUGGCGUGGGGCGCGUGCGAGGCGUGGCAGGUGCGCCGCCUCGUGCGCGAGGUGCGCGACGUCAACCACGGCGCCGUGUGCGCGCCGCUCGCCGCCGCCUACGCCGCGCCCGCCGUCGCGCUCGCGCUCGCCGCCGCGCACCACCAGCACCAGUACGGCAACGCGCUCUUCUGUUGGGUGAGCUGCCACGAGCCAGUGGUGUGGUGGGUGGUGAUUCCAGCUGGGCUUUACGCCAGCGCCGCCUUCAUCUUCCUCGCCGGCGCUACUAGAGCCGCCUUUACUGUUAGAGAUCACGUCACUGGCUUCGGAAACUUAAGGAUAUUACUAGCAGUGAGCAUAGUAUGUCAGCCACUGUUAUGCGUGGCUUGGGCAAGUGCCUUGCUUCUUGGCAGCGAGGCAGGCGACCGCAGAAACGUGCUCAGCGCCGUACUAUCAGCCGCUGUAGCAUUACACGCGACUGCAGCGUCACUCGGCUAUAUCGCUUUCAAUAUCAGAGUCAGAGAUAAUUUAAAGAGGACCGUACUAAGAUGCUUAGGAAAGAAAGUUCCCCUCGCGGAUACAUCAGUCAUCAUCAGCAGCAGUGCUAACUUGUCUCAAAUUAACAGGUCGUCUCUAGCGUACCACAGCAGCACGGAGCCAGGACGGCAGAUGCGCAACAUCGGAAUAUCUGCCUCGUCCACCACCUCCAGAUCAACUACGAAGACCAGCUCCAGUCCUUAUAGCCGUAGCGACGGGCAGCUGCGUCACACGAGUACGUCCACGUCGAACUACAACACCAGCGCUAGUGACAUGCCUGCUUAUCUGAGAGGAUUCGACUCUUCCUUCCACACUAGAAAAGAUGAUGAAAGUCGUCGUCGUCGCAAGGCGGCGCCGGAGUCGGGCGGGGGCGCCGGCGGCGGGGGAGGCGGGGAGGCGACGGACAGCGACUCGGACAGCGCGCGGUCGCUGGAGCUGGCGUCGAGCCACUCCUCCGACGACGACGAGACCAGCACGCGCCGCUCCAGCCAUCCGCCUUCCGCCACCAGGGAGAGAGGGACAAGCGGCAGCGGUGGUAGCUAUUUACCAAACAUUACCGAAGGUGCUCCACUAGCCAUCACGCCACGAUGGCCAUCGCAUAUUCGAGAAGAUUCAAACCGUCCCGAGACCGGUCGUUGGUCGCAAGAGACCGGCUCAGAUAAUGAAGGAAUGAACGUAGGCAUGGCCACCCCCUCCCCGAAUCCUCUCCCCAACCCAGAUCUCACUUCUGACGUGUACCAACUCAGCAGGCACAGGAUGAAGCCCUCCAUACUAGAGAAUGUCCAUGACACGUACGUGGCCAGUGUGGACGCGUCGAGAUUGCCGUUGGAUAAUAGAUAUGGCGUCAUGGAAAACGAACUUAUGUACGGCGUGAUGCCCAACGAAGAGAAACAAAUGCAAUACGAUCCAAACUACCCAAUCUCACCCACCAUGUACAGACUACCGGGAAACCCCUACGGAUCCAAAACGUACCUGCCAACACGAACGUCAGAUUACGGGUUCAGCCCGACUAAAUACCUCAACUCCGAAACAAACGUAUACGGGUCGCGAGAUUUUCGAGAUUCGGGCGUGUCCACACGGGAACACGACGGGUACCCGCCGCGGGAUUUUAGGGAUUCCGGAAUAGCGACUAUGUUGAAAAACGACUACCAAAGGAAGAUGGAGAGUCAUUACGGCGGUGACUACAACGACAGAAUGUCUGAGGGGUCGGAUAAACAUCACCCGCAUGAUAAAUAUCUGUUCCCCUACACAGCUGAGGAAGACCACGCUAACUUGCGCGGGGUCAGCCAGUCUCCGCAGGUCCGUAGUGAGAUGGCACGCCCAGGUGAAUCACAGCAACAAAUGGGGGCGCCACUAGCUAGUAUGGGCGAGACCAGCGAGAAAUCUACUAUUGAAGACGAUGCAGAGACGAGAGUGUAAUAACACAAAUAGUACAAGAUUUCCAAUGAAUCUCAGUUAGUUGAAUAAUUUAAUUUUAAUUAGUGUAGCGGUUUCGAAUAGUAUUAAUUUUUGUCAAGACUGUCAAACGAUCAGUACCCACUGCCAUAAUGUAAAUUGUAUUUAUUUGUUCAUGCUUUAAAGUAGAAAAUAAACUUAUAGUGGAUACAGCGUGUAGUGUUUUUGAAUACUCAAUUUUUCCCAAUUAGCGUAGGUAAUGAAAGUUUUUGUAAGUAUAAAAAUAAAUUGUAAAAAUCAUUUACUUAGUUAUUUUACUUAAAAAAGAAGAACGGAAUUGCAUUUGUCUUUAGAAGUUGUUUAUAAUUAGAUAACUUCAUUUCGCAUGUUGUCUAAAGAGUCUAGAUCGGAUUUGGGAAAUCUGUACGUAGUUAUCUGAAUAGAUAUUAGAAAUAAUAUUUUAGAUGAUGUUGCGAAAGUUAUUGAAUAAUAGAUUUCGUGCGGCAAAAACCUAAGAUGUUACUAGGGAACACUAUACUGCAUUAUAUGCAAACAGUUAAGUAGUUUAUAUUAUAUUUAAAGAUAUAAUACUAAAAUGAUAUGUUAAGGUUUAAAAUAGUAUUGCUAACUUGGCGAAUAUUUCGCUAUUAUUAGUAACGAAUAGUAAGAUCUCAUUCUGAACAACUAUCAUUUUAGUUCAACUUGACUUAGGACUAAUACGUAAAUAUAUGAAAGGAUUCAAAUUUUAAAGAAUGAAUUUGGGUGCAUUAAACAAAUGUUAUAAAACUGAGUUUAUAAUAAUUUCCAAAGUCAGUCAUGUAAAUAGAUAGCUUAUAUUAUGUAAGUACCUAUAUGUUGAUAGGAAUAUUUAGAAAUAAGUACUAUUAUUUUAUUUUCUUAAUAUUGAAUCAAAAUAGUUAUGGAAUUAUAACAAAUAUUCUUGUCGAGGCUUUCAAUUUGUAGCGAAGAAUAAACUACCAUCAGAAUUUUAUCUUAAUAUUUCCCAAAAGCUUUUUAAAAACAGAUGCUAAUAAAAAGUAUGAGUUAUAAAAUAAUGAAAUGAAAAUAAUUAAGUAAUUCAUUUUGUUGUUACAAAGCUAAAACACACACUUGUAUGUACCUAUGUCUCAGGCUUAGGCUCAAAAUGUAGAAAUUCUUUUAUAUUAUGCAUUUAAUUUGAAUUGUGGUAGCAUUAUAAUAAAUAUUUGCAUUUUUGUGUAAAUAGUGUGUUGCGUGUGUAUUGAGCGUUUUAAUAAGAAGAGUCCACCUAUUUUGUAAAUAAAUAGAUUU